AAGAGGAUACUUCAACUGUAAGUGUAACACGGAGACUCACAAAGGGAAUCAAGAUGAGAAUCUUUACAUUUCUCACGUUUGUACUUCUGCUAAUACAUCAAAGCUUCUCACUCUCCAGACCACAGUGUCACAGCUGUGAAAAAACAUCCUGUAACUGCUCAGGACAAAACCUGACCACCGUCCCUGCGGCCCCUUCGAAGCUCAUCACUCAACUUGAUCUUUCAUGCAAUGAACUGAGGACAAUAAUGAAAGAUGACUUUGCAGCAUUUGCCAGUUUACGGUCUUUGAUCAUGAAUAACAACAGCAUCCAAAAAAUCCAUGAGCAAGCAUUUGUCCCGCUGACAAAUUUGGAGAGGUUGGACUUGUCCUUCAACAGACUGGAGAUGUUGUCUGCUGGAUGGUUUGAGAAUCUUGUUUCUCUUCAGCACUUAAAUCUUUUGGGGAACGAAUAUAAAAUGUUGGGUCAAGGUAAUCUUUUCCAGCCACUUAAGAAAUUAAAGACCCUAUAUUUUGGAGGACCUGAACUUCAGUCAGUCAGAAAAAGUGACUUCUCCGGCCUCAGUGGUCUUGAAGAGGUUGUUUUUGAUGGAAAGAAUCUAAAAGACUACAAAAGAGGAAGUUUGAGAGAAGUUGGGCCAGUUAAAUAUGUAACACUUGGUCUGAAUGGUCCGUUUAAGGAAAAUCAAGCGCUGGCAGAAACUAUACUGUCUGAUGUUGUACACCCAAACACAACGCUGACAUUCACUGACACACGCUUCACCAAGGAGUCUUAUAUGUCCCCAUUUAGAGCGGCAUACUACGGCGGAACUACAAGUGUUAUUUUUAAAAAUGUUGUCAUGACGAUUUCAGCUUUUUUGGCGUUUAUGAAUUGGAUGUCAGACUCCAGAUUAAACAUGCUGACAAUAGAAGAUUCUAAAUUGGUCUUUAGAUUGUCGGGUAGCAUGAGUUUUCCCUCAAGCAUGGGCCAUUUGGAGGCUAUUGUAGUGAAAAACGUUGAUGUCCCUGCUUUUUACCUCUUCCCAGCUCUACUUGCCGAUGAAUCUCUGCUACCAGUGUUGCGAAGGGUGACUGUGCAGAACUGCAAGGUGUACCUCCUGCCUUGUGAAUCUGCUGCCAGUCUUACAAGGCUUGAGUAUUUGGACUUCAGUGACAACUUGAUUACUGAUCUGGCCCUUAGUAACAUCAUGUGCGAUGGCGAUAGUGAUUUUAGGCUUCUGCAAACCAUCAAUAUCAGCAGGAAUUACCUGCAUUCAAUCAACAGCCAGCUCUUCACCAAACUAAAUGAACUUAAAAAUAUUGACAUGAGUGGAAACAUGUUUCGUAAAAUGCCUGAUAUUUGUUACUGGCCGCCAAGUCUCCAAUUCUUAAACCUUUCAUCAACACAUUUAACAAAAGUCACCACCUGUUUGCCUGUGAGUUUACGUGUCCUCGAUCUGUCAGACAACGAUUUGACCGUGUUCAACAUUGAACUACCUUUUCUCACAGAUUUAUACAUCUCUGGCAACAAGAUCACUCAUUUGCCAGAUGGGGGUUUAUAUCCUAGUGUCAUAUUUGUCUCCAUUCAAAACAACAACUUGCAUACAAUCAGCAGCAAAAGUCUAAAUGAUUAUAAUAGUCUGACGAGCCUGGAGGCUGGUGCUAACACAUUUGUCUGUUCAUGUGACUUUGUAGCUUUCAUGACGACUGACUGGACUAAUCAUCGAGUCACAAUUGGAGAUGAGUUCAAGUCAUACAUCUGUGAGUCCCCUGACUCUACAAGAGGAAAGAGCACGUUAGAUGCGAGGUUGUCGGUGUUUGAGUGCCACACAGCUUUAGCUUUUUCUUUACUCUGCUCAGGCAUACUGCUAGUGUUUCUGCUUGUUGCAGGUUUGUGUCACAAAUUCAGCGUUUUGUGGUACAUGAAGAUGACCUGGGCCUGGCUGAGAGCCAAGAGAAAGCCAAAGUUAAAAAAGGGAGAGCUUGAGUAUGACGCCUUCGUGUCCUACAGUGACAUGGACUCUGGCUGGGUUGAAACAUAUCUGGUCCCGGAGCUGGAGCAGGCCGAGCCUCCUCUCCAGCUCUGCCUCCACAAGAGAGACUUUGUUCCCGGUGGCUGGAUCUUGGACAACAUCAUGGACGCCAUCGAGAAGAGUCACAGAACUCUGUUUGUCCUUUCUCAGCAUUUCAUCAGGAGUGAGUGGUGUAAGUACGAGCUGGAUUACACCCAUUUUAGACUGUUUGACCAAAAUGACGACACAGUUGUGCUGAUUCUGUUGGAGCCUAUUGACAAAGAGACCAUCCCCAAAAAGUUCUGCAAGCUGCGGAGAGUCAUGAACUCCAGGACGUACCUGGAGUGGCCUGAUGAUGACGGCCAGAUUCCCAGGUUCUGGCACAGCUUGAGAACAGCUAUUAAAAGACCUGAAACUGAUCACAAAGACGAUCUAGAGUUUGACAAUACGGACGUUUAAUUUAGUGUUUUGCUUUGCAGUUUGACUUCCUUACAGUGCAAUGUUCUGCUGGGAAACCUUGGAUGCCACUUGACACACAUCACCCACUCAAACACUGUUCAAACCAAUUACACCCCCUCAUGGCAAUGGCACUCCCCAAUAGCAGUGACCCCCUCAGCACGACACCAUGCCACACAGCACAAACUGCUCAGGAUUGGCCCGAGAAACGUGACAAAGAGCUCAGGGUGUCGACUUGGCCUCCAAAGUGCUCUCGGUCAGAUUUGUCGGGCCAUUCUGGAGCAGUUUUUGCAGUGUGGCACGGUACACUGUCACUGAGAGGGUGUACUUGGUCUGUCAUGAUGUUUUUACAACAUAAUCAAUGUUCACUUCACCUGUCAGUGGUUUUAAUGUUUUGGCUGAUCAGUGUAUAUAUGUAAUUCUAUCAUUUCAAGAAGCUUGUCUCUGAAACAUUGAUGUAAGAUUGUAGGUGGAAUGAGUUUGUUUGUUACUCUCAAAUCAUUAUAAUGAAUUUCACUUAUUGGAAAAAUCUGUGUGUGUGUGUGUGUGUGUGUGUGUGUGUGUGUGUGUGUCCAUGUGCUUGUGUGCCUAAAAACGUGUGUAAUUCAUUGUCAGGCUCUUGAGAGCUGACAUAUUGCCGCUAUUGAUCUUUAGUCCUAAAAUCAACACAGAAGCCUGGAUACUAAUGACAGGCAGGCCAGGGGAGUCAGGGUGUCCUGAUAACACACACACACACACACACACACACACACACACACACACACAAACACACAUUAAUGCUCAUCAUGCACAUAUAAACAGAAGCACAUGCACAUAUUUACAGAGUUACAGAUGUCUGUAAAGGUCGGUGAAGUCUGGUGAAGUGCAGAACUUAAUCAGUGAGACCUAGAAUCAUUGAAUCACUGCUUUUAUGACACAUUAUAUCCAUGUGCUUACAUGUUGUGCAUACACGAUAAGUUUACUUUAUCCUGUUAUCUUGAGUAAAGUAAACCAGCAUGACUUUAUCUCCUAAAAGCGACACGGCACUGACAAAUAUUGUGCUGCU